AUGGCCGAUUUCGUCGACCCUCGAAUGACCUCCGUCCAGCCUCGCUUGCGCUACAACACAAUCGGAGGCAUUAACGGACCUCUCGUUGUUCUCGACAACGUCAAAUUCCCCCGCUACAAUGAAAUCGUCUCCCUAACUCUCCCUGACGGGACUGAGCGGUCGGGUCAGGUUUUAGAAGCUAGAGGAAGCCGAGCUGUCGUUCAGGUGUUCGAAGGCACCUCUGGUAUCGAUGUUAAAAAGACGAAAGUCGAGUUCACCAAGCACAGCUUGAAGCUAGGUGUCUCCGAGGACAUGCUGGGCCGUGUCUUCGAUGGUUCCGGCCGUGCGAUUGACAAGGGUCCUAAGGUGCUGGCGGAGGAUUACUUGGACAUCAACGGCCAACCUAUCAACCCGUACUCUCGAGUUUACCCCGAAGAAAUGAUCUCGACCGGUAUCUCUGCUAUUGAUACGAUGAACUCCAUUGCCCGUGGACAGAAGAUUCCCAUUUUCUCUGCCUCAGGUCUUCCCCACAACGAAAUUGCCGCACAGAUUUGUCGCCAGGCUGGUCUGGUUAAGAGGCCAACUAAGGAUGUCCACGACGGUCACGAAGAGAACUUCUCCAUUGUCUUCGCUGCCAUGGGUGUUAACAUGGAAACUAGCCGUUUCUUCACACGCGAUUUUGAGGAGAACGGUAGUAUGGAGCGAGUAACGCUCUUCCUGAACCUGGCUAAUGACCCUACAAUCGAACGUAUCAUUACACCUCGUCUAGCCCUGACCACCGCCGAAUACUACGCCUACCAGCUCGAGAAGCACGUCCUGGUUAUCAUGACUGAUCUGUCUGCUUACUGUGACGCUCUUCGAGAGGUUUCCGCUGCCCGAGAAGAAGUGCCUGGUCGUCGUGGUUACCCCGGUUACAUGUAUACUGACUUGUCGACCAUUUACGAACGUGCCGGACGAGUGCAGGGCCGUAACGGCUCAAUCACGCAGAUUCCCAUUCUGACCAUGCCUAACGAUGAUAUCACCCACCCUAUCCCUGAUUUGACUGGCUACAUUACAGAGGGUCAGAUCUUCAUCGAUCGUCAGCUGUACAACAAGGGUGUCUACCCCCCAAUUAACGUCCUGCCAUCCCUCUCCCGUCUGAUGAAGUCUGCCAUUGGCGAGGGUCGCACCCGCAAAGACCACUCCGAUGUCUCAAACCAGCUGUAUGCCAAGUACGCUAUUGGACGAGAUGCCGCCGCCAUGAAAGCCGUUGUCGGUGAAGAAGCCCUGUCCUCUGAAGACAAGCUCUCCCUUGAGUUCCUCGAGAAAUUUGAACGCACAUUCAUCAGCCAGUCUCCCUACGAAUCGCGUUCCAUCUAUGAAUCUCUCGACAUUGCCUGGAACCUGCUCCGUAUCUACCCCAAGGAACUCCUCAACCGUAUUCCCAAGCGUGUCCUGGACGAGUUCUACGCUCGCUCCGCCCGUAAAAUCCCCAACAAGGACACAAGGGAUAACUCUUCCGUCCCAGAUCAACCCCAGUCUCAGUCCCAGUCUGCUGACUUAAUUGAAACCUAG